CCUUAUCGCCAGAUAUUUCAUAACCGUGGUGCAGUAGAUUCCGGGGACGCACAUCCUCGAUACAGGUUAUCACGUAAUUCAGUGCGCACUUACGUGACGAGAAAUCCGCGUAUACAAAACAGGUUCAAUGAAGUGACAACGCAGUGCGCCGCCUAAACACGUCAGUGCUCGUUCCCUGUGUUGGGCUUAAUCCCUAACACAUUUCCUUCCCAGGAACAAGAUGGUGAGGGCGAGUACUCUCGCCUCCCGCGACAAGUGGGUUGUUAGCCUUAUCUUCAUAUUUUAUGGAUGUGGCAGCGCUCUUGCUGACAUAUUUUCGAUAUGGAACGACAGAGACCUUGUACAGGAAAGAAGCUCUGGAGUAGAAUAUCAAACCCUGAACACCUCCAAAUGGUGGGAUGCGGCACAAGGGUGUGAGGAGUUUGGAGGGCAGCUGUAUGUUCCCGGGUCCGAAGACAUCCCCCAAGACCUGAUGGACGCUCUGGAUGAAGAUGAACUCUAUUGGGUUGGAGCCGUGAAGAAUUCCAAGUGGAUAUGGACGUCCGACUCCUCCCCGCUGUACACCUACGUCGGCUACAAACCCACUCCUGACAUGGAGAAAACCCUUAUCCAUGGAAACUCAGCGUUCCAGUGUCACUUGCAGUGUGAUGACGACAAUACUGUCGGUUUGAGGGGUGAGGAGUGUUAUUGCUUGACGACGGCGGUCGCAACUCCUACCACAAACACUUCUCAGAUCAGAUGCGCGGGCAACUUUGACCAAUGGUGUGGCAAUGAAGAUGGAAUAUCACUUUAUCAAAUAGUUCUAGAUAACACUGACAUAGUUCUACACGCGGACGGAGAAUGUGUUUAUGCAAAGAAGGAAUGGAGAAGACGUAUCAGCUUACAUCUAGAUGAGAACUGUGACAGUGAGAGGUCUCUGGCAUGUGAAGCACCGCUACAGGAUAAAUCACGUUGCCGGAGAACCGUAUGUGUCAAACAUGAUGACAAGACGUGGGACCAGUCAAACAGAACACAGCCUUUGCUGAAGGUCAACGACGCCAAUCGGGGACAUCUGUAUGAUGCUAUGGAUCGCCGGCAUAGAUACUGGAUUGGUUUGAGAAGAAUGUACUUCUGGAAAUUGAUCAAUGGACUGGACGUGAGUUCUACCCUUGACGACGACAGCGGCCUGCUUGAAGCCUGCCUUACUGUACGGAAAGUGGGGGACGAGUUAUCUCCCUCUGUCAGUUUUGCCUGGUCCCCCUGUGAGGAAAAACUGCAACCUCUCUGUGAAUCAGCGAAACUAGGGAGGACAUAUAUACCCGAACCACCGCCGUCCACUGCUCAACCAACGACUUCGACGGGCACAAACCAGACAGAGCUCUUCGGAGAAAACACAGGCAAUCCUGGGGGCUAUAUUGGAGCUGUCAUAGGCUGUGUUGCUGUUUUGAUUUGCUGCAUCGUUCUGGUACUAUUUAUAAGACGAAAGAGGAUAUUCUGUUUUGCGAAAAAAUCAGACACACAAACAACAGCAACCACCUUCCUCAACCCCGCCGCUGGGAGCACGACCUACUCUCUAGCCACAUCUACUGACCCCUACUACUCUAUGCCAAAUCCAUCCAACGAUCAGUUACCCGACCCUUUUGUUGACCGGUCCAUUCUCAAGCAACAAACUUCGGACCCUUAUUACUCUACCCCAGCUUUACAAGAGAAACCAUCUCUUCCCCUCGCUGUCGUCAUGCCAUACCGACCAUUAGAACAAAGUCUCUACGUAAACUCUCCAAAGAUUGCAAAGGAAGGAGAUUACAAUAGUUUCUCUGAUACUGAGAAGCUGAACAGUGAGACGCCUGGAAAUGCAUACAGUCAUGCUUUGGGUUUAUUAAAUAACAGUUAUAAAGGGGAGUAUGAUACCGCAAAGUCAGUGGGCACUGAUGAUGAAAAUAAAGGCACCCAGGAUCAGAAGGAAGAGGGUGAUGGAGUUUAUGAUAUCGCUGAUGAAACUGAGCAUCAAAUGGCAGAUGGGGAAUACGACAAAGCGAAUAUUUUACGUAAUAAUUUGGCUCUUACUGGAAGUAACGCAAGUCAGACAUCUGUUGCCAGUUAUGAAGAUCUUGUUGAGCCUAGUCAUGAUUUUCAAGCGUGUACUCCGGCUCAGAGUGUUGCUGAAGGAGGUGAUGGCGAUUUCUAUGAAAUACCCGUUGGAGGAGAAUAUGAUAUUGCAGAUGGGACCCAAAACAUCUCCUCGGGUGUUCCUCAAAGAGUUUCUCCCGGUACUUCUCUGUAUAGUAUUGCUGACAUUGUAACAGAUUCCGGUGAAAAACACACGCUCCAUGAUAAAGAUAUUCGAAUCGGUGCUAUGCAACCUGGAACAGGCCAUACGUCUAAGAUACCAAACCAGGGUAUUCCUGAUACCAACAACGUCGAGGAAACGGAUAUUUAUGAAUGUAUUGACUAUACCAACCCUGACCACAUUGACGGAGGUGAGGAUAAGAACGCUGUCACUGAAGGCGAAGGCUCUGCGUGGCAGCACGGGUCAGAAACAGCCAACAUGUCAACCUCUGAGGAUGCUGAGGAGGAUAGAGAACAUAUAUAUGGCAAUAUGGAAGAGGUGUCAGGCUCCGGCACUGCUGGUUCUUCACAAGAUGGCCACUGCUACUACAACAUAGUCAGCGACACCAACGCUCUGUCAACACUACCAUCAACUCAGGGCAACGGUGGCGACAAUGUCUAUUCUCUGGCUACUGAUGCACUGGCCUGACCAGCAUGGCCUAUUUGUUUGUCGGUGUGAUAUAUACGCUCUUUCUUGAUGUAAUGUUAAUGUGGAACCAUUUACGUCAAUACCGGUGCCAAUGAAAGAGUAAUCAAGACGGCUAAUAUCUCAUGUACUAUUAUCAUACGACCUAUAACACAUAUAUUAUUGACACAGGAUGUCUUGGAGUGCAAAUAAUAAAAAAACACAAAUAUUGCCAGGGUUGUUUGGGAGAUAGUAUACGUCAAAGCUGUAUUGAAAUAAAGUUUCAUUAAGAAUACAAACAAACCAAAAUGAAGAAAAGGGCAUUCUUUCAAUCAAAAACAACUUUUUGUAUUUCAUACAAAAUUGAUCUUUACAAAAAACAUGAAAGGCUUGUCCAUAAAACAAGACAUUAAAUUGGUCUGUUCUUUUGGCAGUUUCCUAGUCAGUAUUUCACUCUGUGAUAUGAGGUUCAGAUUUAUGACAAAUGCUCUGCUUCACCAUCAUUGGCAUAUACCCUGCAACAUCAUGCACGUGAUACACCAGAUGAAACCAUUGUUGAAUUUUCCCGUUUGUUUGUAUAUUUGAAACCUGACAAAAGUUGUUGUUUAUCCAGUUUAUGUAAAUAUUUUUGAAUUGGAAAUAAAUAAAAACAAAUAAUAUUUGAAGCCCAA